CUGGGCUUUCCUGGAGGUGAGCACCAACGCCUCGUACAAUGACAGUCUGCAGGCCUAUGCCGCUGGGCUCGCCGAGGCUGCGGUCACCGAGCAGCUUAUGUACAUGCACUGGAUGAACACCAUGGUGGGAUACUGCGGCCCCUUCAAGUAUGAGAGUGAGUACUGCCAGAAGCUCCGGAACUACCUUGAGACCAACCUGGGCUGGAUGGAGGAGCAGAUAGGGAAGGGGCAGAACCCCGAGUACUGGCACCAGGUGCACCUGGCCCUGCUGCAGCUGAAGGGGCUGGAGGACAGCUACAACAGGCGCCUGGACUUCCCCCGGGGCAGGUUCACCCUGGCGCCCUUUGGCUUCCUGCUGCUGCAGUUGGGGGGUGACCUGGAGGACCUGGAGUCUGCCCUGAACCACUCCUCCCCGCAGCGAGACCUGGGCUCGGGCUCGUGCUCUGCCCUGAUAAAGCUGCUGCCAGGCAAUCGGGAUCUCCUGGUGGCCCAUGACACUUGGACCUCCUACCAGUCCAUGCUGCGCAUCAUCAAGAAGUACACUCUGCCCUUCCGCACCUCGGCCGGCGGCAAAUCUCAGAUCCCUGGGAGUAUCCAGGUGUUUUCCUCCUACCCUGGCACCAUCUUCUCUGCGGAUGACUUCUACAUCCUCAGCAGUGGGUUGGUGACAGUGGAAACCACCAUUGGGAACAACAACCCGGCGCUGUGGAAGUACCUGGACCCACGGGGCAGCGUCCUGGAGUGGCUGAGGAACAUUGUGGCCAACCGCCUGGCCCGCAGUGGGCCCGAGUGGGCUACCAUCUUCCAACAGUUCAACAGUGGCACGUACAACAACCAAUGGAUGGUGGUGGACUAUAAUGCCUUCACUCCAGGGAGAACGAGCCCACCACCGGGUGUGCUGACCAUGCUGGAGCAGAUCCCGGGCCUGGUGGUGACGGCCGAUCGGACAGAGCUGCUGUACCAGCAGGGCUACUGGGCCAGCUACAACGUGCCGUACUUUGAGGAGAUCUUCAAUGCCAGUGGGAACCUGGAGCUGGUGAAGAAAUAUGGUGACUGGUUCACCUAUGACAAGAACCCACGUGCCCAGAUCUUCCGCCGGAACCAGACAUUGGUCCAUGACUUGGACUCCAUGAUCCGCUUGAUGAGGUCCAACAACUACCUGCAGGACCCUCUGUCACGGUGCAGGGACUGUGACCCUCCCCAGAACGCUGAGAAUGCCAUCUCCGCCCGCUCCGACCUCAACCCCUCCAAUGGCACCUACCCCUUCCCUGCCCUGCGCCAGCGCUGCCACGGCGGCACUGACAUGAAGGUCACCUCCUCGGGCAUGGUCCCCAGCUUUGGGCUGGUAGCAGCCAGUGGCCCCACC